UACGGAUGAAUAAAAAUAGCAUUUGUGGAGAAUGUCAAAAAUACCUGUGUAGUACUGACCCAGUUAUCAUCCCAGGCUUUCUCAAGCUCACUCUCCUCAUCCUCGUGCUCCAUGUCUCACAAGAUCAUACCCAUUCCUCCUCCUGCACCGGAUUUUGCUGCUGUCAAUCGCUUAAUUUACGGAGAAAGUUCCCAUUCGGCUCUGAACAAUUCCCUCGAUUUCCGGGAGUGUCUGUGGGCGGCUGAAUACCCGGAAGUGCAGAAAUCCUGCUUCCUAGCGCGAGUCUGUGAACAGAAACCACCGAAACGAUGUCUCUUCUACCAAGUGGAGCCAAUCCUGCAGCAGGGACCCACCUGUGGAUUCGUCACGAUCAGCAUGCUCCUCAAUGGCGCCUCCACAGCUGACCAGCUCUUCCAGAAAGCCAAAGCGAAAGGAUUCACUGCCAUGGGAGAGAUGUUUAGUGCUGCCAACCUUCUGGACAUUCUCCAGAGUCAGGAGGGAUUUUCCGGAAAGUGCCAAUUGUUCGAGGGUCAUCUCAAUUGUGAUGAAAUCCGGGAGACUCUCAAAUCAGAUGCCUGCCUCAUUGUGCCCUAUGAUUCCGACGUUAAUCACUCACCGUGCCUCAGGAAAGGACAUAAGGCUCAUUGGGCUCUUGUGGUGGGAUAUUUGAUUGACGACAAGGACCAGUUUUAUGUGAUAGCGCGUCAGGGGAAGUCGCGCCUCCUGGGCAUCUGGCUCCUGUCCGAUCUGGCCGAGAGCAAUGCCAACCUCACGGAAUUCUCCCAGCCCAAGCAGUAUCCAGAAGCCGACUUCAUCCUUCCGGAAGGUGGAAUUGCAGGACCUUGGGGACUCUGCCGACGCUCAAUUGUCAUUCAAGGAGGAACCUUUGCUGAGCAAUUCCGCUUUUAGUGACUGAGAAAAUUACCAAUUGAACUGUGAAAAAAUCUUUCUGUGUUUAACCAUUGUUACUCCUUCAGAUGAACUUUAUAACCUUCGUUGAAUUUUAUUUAUUAAAGAGUAAAAAAUAAAAAUUAACUUAUGUUAACUGAAAAAAUGAAGCCAAGUUGUUUUAAAUCUUUUAAUCACAUUUACAGUACAGUCAAGCAUUCUUUUUUUUUAUUCAUUAAUGAUUUCUUUUAACCUUUAUCUUAGGUCAUUUAACUCUGAAGUUUUCAAUAUCUUUGAUAUUCGUUCUUCGUGACAAAUUCAUCAAUUUCUUCCUCCAAUGUCUCCUUUUUUUUCAACAAUUAAUUGAUUAGUUGUGUGAUUAUUGAGGUUUUCAUCUCACUACUGAAUUAUUUUUUUUUUUGAUCCUUUAAAAUUACGUAUAUUUUUAAUAUAUUUUCUUCGCUACAAAAUGUCUUAUUUUGGGGUAAUAUGAUUUUCUUUUUUAUUUAAUUUAUCAAUUGCAUUUCUCGUAAAAAGUCACAACCAAAGAUCUCAUCUUUACUAUUUUGCUGC